GAUUCCUCCACACCGGGAUAAAACACUCCCGAGACGUGCGACUCCAUUGAAAAAAAAAUCACUUCUCAAAAUCCCCUCAAGAAAAGUCCAAUUUCUCCCUGAAACAAUCUCACAUCCACCAGAAACAUUUCCAAAUACACUUCAUGGACAAAAAUGCCAUAAAAAAUAGUCAAAAAAUUUAUCUAAUUUUUUUCCACGCUUUUUCAAAUUGUCAAAACCAAAAAAGAAAAGUAUCUGCUUUAUCGACAGGGAAAAGCCACUGCUGAAUUCAAAAGAAAAUGGCCACACACAUACGGACAGAGAUGCCUAUUCCAACGAGAGCAGCUCCCAAACCACCUGGACAGCUGGGACAGCGGAGCAUGGCGUGGAGCAAUAGCGAUCCAUUCGGCCCCCUGACAAUGCCCCAGCCUGUCCAGAAAAAAAAACCACCACCGCGGCCUCCACCUCCUCGUUUCCGCAAAGAUAAUUUACAGGGUGCGAUUGAUAAGUCGAGAAAACCAACAAGACCGACAGAGCUGUUGGGAAAUUUGUUUGGACUUAAAAACACGUCAAAACAGCAGCAAGUGAAUCCAUUAUUUCUGGGGAAUCAGAGUAGACCACCAAGCACAGGAAUUCAACCGCAGAAUUUUUUGGAGACUGGAGUUUCUCUGAUUGAUCUGAGUCCCCCGGGAUCACCCACGUUCACCACUAGAUCCAGUAGUGAUGGUGUGAGCGUCGACAGUUUUGGGAGCGAUGGAAAUUCGAAUCCAUCUGUAUUCACCAGUAGUGGAAACACUUCGCAGACCGAGAGUGCCUUCGAGGAUGACUUUGACUUCUUCGGUAGUUUGAAUAAACCAAAGUCAUCGACACACGAUCCCUGGAAAACAUCGACCAGUUUAGACCCUUUCUCGCCAGUAUCAGGGGUCACGAAUGGGGUCAAACAAGUUGGUGAUGCCAAUUUUUUCGCUUUCAAUGGGGAAACGUCUGGAGGGGGAUUCUUAUCUGCCAUAAGUCAAGUCCCCACGAUGCCCACCAUCAUUCGGGCUAGACCUCCAAAGCCACCAGCGCCUAAGAUUUUACCCACUAGUUUAGCACCCACUGUCACGAAUUUCGUUGCGAAUGGUGGGAGUGGGGGUUCAGAAGCCUUCGGGGAGAGUUUUUGGUCCAACAGCUUUGAGGAGAAUUGUGAGAGGACCAAUCCCUCGCCACCUAUGCCAUCCAUUCCACCUCCAGCACCUCCAGCUGAGUAUCUGAGUGAGGUGGGAGAACCUGUGUAUAAGAAGCAGCCGCAUGGAAUUGCGUUGUACGAUUUCCCCGUAACGCAGCCUGACGACCUACCACUGAAGGAGGGUGACGUUGUUAUCUUGAAAAGGCAGAUUAAUGAUGAAUGGCUAGAAGGUCAAGUUGGAAAUAGGAUUGGAAUGUUUCCAGCCAACUUUGUUGAUAUUAUUGUUCCAUUACCUGGGGUUGCAACAAAUGUUGUCACCGCUUUGUAUGCAUUCCCUGGAGAAACGUGGGAUGAUCUUCCUUUCGAGGAAGGAGUGAAAAUCAAUGUUUUAUCGAGAAUAUCAGACGAGUGGUUAUAUGGUGAAUACAAAGGUAAGAGAGGACAAUUUCCUGCGAAUUAUGUGAAUCGAGUGCCUCACAAUCUACCCAAAUAUUCUCCAAGCUCUUGAGCCAGUUCUAAUCAUUACGAAAACGAAACAUAAUCCAUCUGUACCCAUUAAUUCUGUGUUGAAGGAGUAAAAUAUGAUAGAUUGAACAUACCGUCUGUGACAAUUAUGGAACUAUGCCGAUAAUGGACAAUUCUAGCUAGAAAAAUUUUGAUGAAUCAUUACUAGGAUACUAAUUUCAUUACUAUCAAGACGUGAUAUAUCGACUCAUGUUUUGCCACUUUAGUACAGUCAUCGCAAUGACUCACUGAAAGUACUUGAAAACAAAAUCAAAUAGCUUAAGAAAAUCAUAAGAUGUAUAUAUUUUUGCUAAAACUUAGGAUAGUGAAUUUUAUUCCCAUGAAAUACUCUCUGAGCGUUCGAUAUAAUAGAAUCCCUCCCCUCCCCGAGGACUUAUUGAUUGUAGUGAACACUGCCCAAAGAAUAUUCUUUAUGAAUUUCAAAGUGGUAAUAUUUAUAAGGAGUAAAUUGAGCGUGAUCGAUUCUAUUCCCCAAUCAUUCGCCUUUUUCAUAGACCAGAAAAAAGUGGUGAUAAAAAAUCAACGAGUGGUGUGUGCUUUUUCCUUAUUUUUUCUGCGGCUUAUUGAGAAAUGGUUGAUUAGAAUCAAUUGUACAAACGAAGUAUUUGAGUCUAGAGCGAGUUAUUUUAUUUCUAUUGUCACGAAGAACUCCGUUAUGAUUGCUACAUUGUUCACUCCCUGUUGAAUUAACUGUUUUGUAAAUACACGUGAAGCGUGUGUGACUUGUGUCAAGCGUAUUAAUCCAUGUUUAUUCAUUCUUUUAUCCUUGUAUUCGGUUAUUGACGAAUGAGAAUGUGUUUUCGUAUGGAAGUUACCGGAAAUAUUAGGGCCUGACACUCUGGUACAAUAAUUCAUGAGAAAAUAUAUUCUUUGGCUUGAUUGAGGUACUUAUAAUUGAAUAGUCAUGAUGCCGUCAUUGAAAAUUCUACGCUCAGAGAGCUUAACUGAACAGAGCGAGUUAAUUAUUCCCGUUUUGUUUAAUGUGAAAUUGAUGCUAAAUAAUAAUGGAUUUUAAGAGGAAAUAUUCAGACAUUUUCCGCCAGUGAUUCUUCCUAAAAACAUUUUUUCCGGAGACGAAUGCAAAAUUAACAACAGUCUCCGAUAAAUUGUGUCUCAUAAAUUUAUGGACCAGAGUAAUGAUGAUGAAAAUAAUGAGAUAUAAAAUUGUAUCAUUUUGCAUAAUUUAAUUUAUAUAAAAACAAUAAUUAUCACUAAUUUAGGUAUUCAUUGUCAAGAUUGAUCCUGUACAUAACUCCGUAUAAUUAAUUUCAUACCUGAAUAUUAAGUGUAAAAAGGGUGCUAGGAAAUGUUUUUGAAUUUUGCCUUAUUCUGCUGGGUGUAACGAGGCUUUUGUAAUUAAAUUUGUAAAAUUCACGUAGUUGUUUUUCUCUCGUUCAAUUUCAGUAUUAUUUGCUUGAAAUAUCAGGAUAGAUAUAAUCAUUAUUGGGACCAAAUUACAAUUCUCUUUAUAUCAAAUUUUUUUCCUCUGGGUAUACUCGUUUACCAAGUAUAUAUUUAUAUCAGAAAAUUUAAAGAAAAGUGUGAAAAAAUGAUAAUAAUUUACAUCUUAUAAUAUUAUACUGAUGUAGAAUGUGAUAUUUUAUCUCGUUUAAUAACAAUUAAUCGACGAACUGUG